GAUACCAUCCGAAUUCCCACAUGAAUGAUUUCACACCUCUACCUCAAGAAAUCGUCCCAGGAGCGAACACAAGACAUUCACUGGGAUUAAUUUCAGCCACUUUCCACAUGCAAAGCGCAGCCUCUGAUAAACUGCUGCAGCAUCACCGUUUAUAUAAAUAUAUUAUAGGUUAAUAAUAUGGCAUUGAGAAGCAGAAACUUGGUCAGCAUUGUUUUAUUCGGAUGUGUUAUCAUUUUCAGCACCAUGCUACAUCCUGUCAGCGCUUACCUCUACAACAACCGCUAUGUCGGUGAUCAAGUGUUCAAAAUAAUUCCUAGGAGUAACUCUGAGGUUCAAGUAGUCAAACAGCUUUUCCAAAACCAGACGGUGGACCUUUGGCAGCCCAACAGUUUAUCUCUGAUUCGAGAGAACAGCUCAGUAGACGUCCAUGUGGGACGGAACAAAACACAGUGGCUGAGAAGACAUCUUCACCAGGCACAUAUCCACUAUGAGGUGCUUAUUUCCAAUCUCCAAGCAGAAAUUGAGAAACAAACCGGAUACAGGUCAUCCAGGAUGCGCAGAUCGGAAUUCCAGUAUGACUAUGAAGUGUACCAUCCCUUGGAGGAAAUCCAGAGCUGGAUGUUUGAGAUGAACCGGACACACCCACACUUGCUAGACAUGUUUUCUAUUGGACGGUCCUAUGAGGGACGGCUCCUCUAUGUACUCCAGUUAGGAAAGAGAACACGGCCCUAUAAGAAGUCAGUAUGGAUAGACUGUGGAGUGCAUGCAAGAGAAUGGAUUGGUCCAGCUUUCUGCCAGUGGUUUGUGAAGGAGGCUUUGAACUCCUAUCAACACGACACCAGCAUGAGACGACUGAUGAAUCAGUUCAAUUUCUACAUUAUGCCUGUCUUCAAUGUGGAUGGUUACCAUUACAGCUGGAAGACAGAUCGCUUUUGGCGGAAAACCCGUUCAAAGAUUCCCAAGUAUCACUGUCGGGGAGUUGAUGCCAACCGAAAUUGGAAAGUAAAGUGGUGUGAUGAGGGUGCAUCCCUGCACCCCUGUGAUGACACAUACUGUGGUCCAUUCCCUGAGUCAGAGCCCGAGGUCAAAGCCGUCGCCAAGUUUCUACGCAAACACAGGAAACAAGUCAAGGCCUACAUCUCUAUACAUGCCUAUGCUCAGAUGCUUCUUUAUCCAUAUUCCUACAAAUAUGCUACUAUUCCAAACUUCAACUGUGUGGAAUCAGCUGCCCAGAACGCAGUGAGUGCUAUUUACUCAGCUUAUGGAGUGAGAUACAGAUAUGGCCCAGCCUCCACUACACUUUAUGUGAGUUCUGGAAGCUCAAUAGACUGGGCCUAUAAGAAUGGGAUUCCAUAUGCUUUUGCCUUUGAGUUGCGUGACAAGGGCUACUACGGCUUCCUGUUGCCCGAAGCCCUGAUUAAUCCCACCUGCACAGAAACCAUGAGAGCUGUAAAGACCAUUGCCUCAGAUCUGCUGAAGAAAUGUACCAAAUGAUUUUUCAUUUACUUACCUUUCACUUUCUAUACCAGCUCUCCUCUCAUCUAUACCCCAGUUUAGCCCAUAAGCCAUGGCAAUAUGUCACAACUACCAAUUUAUAAAUGUGUCAAUAUAUUAUUUUACAUGUUCAGUGGCCCCCAAAAGUAUCUGGACACUUGAGCCAACCUUGAAAUGUAUGAAUGUUUUUCAUUAUAUAAUAAAAUAUCAAACCAAGUGACAUUUAUUUUAAAUAAAAAUAGCACAGACACUCUUUUCAAGCAAAUUAUUUAACAAAAAGAAGUUUAUUAGAUUUUAGAGGGAAGGUAAACAAUAGGUAUAGUGUUCAAAAUUAAAAGUAUUGAGGACACUUGCUGGUAAAAAUAAAUUAAAUAAAAAUAACUAAAAGGAAAAAAAAAAAAACUAACAGUCUAAUUUGGUUAAAAAUAAUUGCAAAAAUAGCUAGGAAAGGUUAGUUCUGAGAAAAUGUCUAGCAUUAUUUUUUGCACAUUAUCUAACGUGAUGAAAUUAAUAAAUUUUUACAUGACUUAUGUGGCCAAAAGUGUCAAAAUAUUUUUGGGGGCCACUAUAGUUUAAAAAGGGGGAUUUAUUUUUAAAAAUUUUGUAUUAGAAAAUAAGAUUAUUUAUAAAAUAGUUUAAUAAGCCUCUACGUUAAAAAAUAAAAUGGUAAAAAUGUUUGAACAGUGUAGAUAUGUAAGCACUUGAAUUCUGAGCUAAAUUGUUCCUUUUCUAGAAAGUGGAUUUUUUCUAGUGAUACAGUGAGCAUUUGCUGUAUAUGCAAGGUUCAAAAGAAAACCCAAAGAAUGUAAAUAAUGCAUACUUUUAUAUUACAAUGGGUUUAUUUUAAUACAGAUGCUGUGCAGCCUAGAGCUACAUAUUUCUGCAGCUACAAGACAGCUAUGGUCUUGUUUUGAAAUGGAACAGUACAUGUCAAAUCGGAACGCUCAACCUUUAAUGAUGUAGACAGAGUAUAUAAAACUAUGUGCGUGUUUGUGUGUGUGUGUGUGUGUGUGUGUGUGUGUGUGUGUGUGUGUGUGUGUGAGAGAGAGAGAGAGAGAGAGAGAGAGAGAGAGAGAGUUUUAUAUGAAGCUUGAACUUUACCAUUUCUAAUUAAUUUUAUUAGGAGGGGAAAUGUUUACAUGUGUACUAUCAAAAACAAUUGAAUUCAAAAAGAAUUAAAUUUAACACAAUACUGUUUUUUUUUUUAUUCAGCCAUUAUUUAUUUAAAAUAAAAACAUGCAUUGUUAUAUAUACAGUGUCUUAAU